ACAAGCGUCCACAUCUUUCUCUUCUUCCUCUUUCCCAAGCAACACUGUAACCGCCGCGAAGAGCUUGCAGCUCAGCUUCCAAUGGCGGAAACCGAAACCAGCAACGUAGCCAUCGUCUCACUCUACUCCAACUACCUCCGCAACCGUCUUCGCGCUUUCUACCCCUUCCAUCCAUCCAAUCUUCUCCGCUUUCUCUCCAACCUCGCCGCUCCUUUCCGAUCAAUCCACCACCGACAAUGCAUACCUCUUCCUCUCCCUUCCAAUUUCCGCGACUCUUCCAUGAUCAUAAAGGAAUCUAGAGUGCAUGGUGUAUUGGAGGAUAUACUGGAACAUGUUUUGUUGAACUUGCAUAGUAUAGAGAAGAAUCUCCAGUUUUGGCAAUCUAAAUCAGAGAAAUCGGAUGCUAGUAAAGCUUAUUUCAUGGUUUUUGAGAGGGGUCCGAGCGCUUUUAUCAACGAAACAGCUAAGUUGUUGCGUGGAAAUGCUGCUCAAGCAUCUUUGGUGCAGAAUCUUUGCCAGACUGCGUCUGUUUACAUACAUGAGAGGGUAACGGUUUUGAGUAGCUUGAGAUAUGCUCUGGCAACAUUCUUAGCUCAGUUUUAUGUGGAAGUUGAUAAAAUUGGAGAGGAGUUGGUGAAAGAUCCACAGCAUAAGCUGCCUUUAUUGUUGGUUAGGCUUAAUGAAAUGUUCUCAAUAUUAGAAAGUUCAAUCGGUCACCUACAUGCAGCACAUCAGACUGAUUCUUCUGUUGAUGGAAGCUAUUCAAUUCCACUACUGUUUAAGAAGCUGCCGGAAAUAAAUCAGGAGGAUUCCCAGUGGACAGAUUGUGAAAUCAGGGAUGCUAUCAAUUCUAUAUAUCAAAAUUUACAAAAGCUGGAUUCUUACAUAUCUGUUCUUGUUACCAACCACAGAAAACCAAGAAAAAUAACCCAAUAUUGGAUCGGCUAUACAUGUGGUGCAAUUGGUCUGUCUGCCUGUUCCAUUUGGCUCUUGCGACAUAGUAGUUUGAUGGGAAGUUCUGAUCUUGAUAAUUGGGUUCAAAAAGCAAAGGAUUCUACAGUUGGCUUUUAUAAGGAUCACGUGGAACAACCGAUUUUGUCCAUCAAAGAUGAUCUAUUCGAGACAUUCAAGAAGCAGAGUAUUAUGGACCCUGCAGAGCUGGAGUUGACUUCUGACAAACUGCACAGAAUGUUGUUGGCUUUCAGCGAGAGGGCAAAGGGUCAGAAGUUUCCAGAGAAUGCUUCAGAUCAGGAAAUGCUCGAGAUAGUCAUGUCUAGGUAUGAGAAGGAAAUCAGGCAUCCUAUUCAAAACCUUAUAGGUGGAGAGUUGGCAGAGGCUCUGCUUAUUCAGAUUCAGAAGCUUAAAUUGGAUAUUGAAACGGCAAUGCUGGAGCUGGACCAAAUUCUACGAGCAAAUGAAAUUAACUUUGCAAUUCUAGCUGCAUUACCUGCUUUCAUUCUCUCUCUCUUACUCAUCAUGUUAGUGCGUGCAUGGUUGAAACAGGAUAAGAAAGCUGAGGGAAGAGGUAGAAUUGCUCGGAUUCAGAGGAGGCUAGUUGUUAUAGAGGUUGAAAAGAGGAUUAUGCAGUACCAAAAUUUUGUUGAGCAAGGAUCGGAGAAAGAUGCACAAUGUAUGUUUGGAUUGGUACUCUAUAGCUUGAAUAGCCUGUAUUAUUCUGUCAAGAAACAUGCAGAAGAUUCUGGGGAGUGGCAUUGUUUGCGAGAGGAUUUAAUUGAUUUGGCUAGGCCUGGCCUGCAAACUGGUUACAAGUUAACUGUGACUUCGCGCAUGAAGAGGGAUUAUGACUGCAUAGUUCCGAUGUUGAGACGCCGAUAGCACAUCAGUUAACUUUCCUUCUCAAGGUUUCAAUGCCAUCUUUUAUUCAACUUGAUACCCAAUUUUGUUUUGGAUGCCAGGCACAUAUACAUAUUCGUUGGCCGAUCACAAUAUUUUUUUUUCCCACACCAUAGUUAGAUCAAGGAUUUGGAUAGUUAAAUUGAUUCCAAAUCAUGUUAUGAGAGGAUGAUGUAUGUUGAUAUUAGUCAAAAUUUUACUUUCUAUGAAAUUGCGGAAUAUAUUUCUGGGGUUGUGUUUUCACGCUCUCAGGAAGUUCAGUUGUUAAAAAAUCAUGUGAAAGAGAGUUGCUCGAUAUGGGCGCAAUUCUAAUACAAUUGAAAUAUGUUUCAUUUUUUCA